AUGACCGUCAUUAACCCCUCCAUUGCCUCCUCGCGGAGGAAGUCGCGCAAGGCGCACUUCAGCGCCCCCUCCAGCGUCCGCCGCGUCAUCAUGAGCGCCCCUCUCUCCAAGGAGCUUCGCGAGAAGUACAACGUCCGCUCCAUCCCCAUCCGCAAGGACGACGAGGUCCUGAUCACCCGCGGCUCCAACAAGGGCCGUGAGGGCAAGGUCACCUCCGUCUACCGCCUGAAGUACGUCAUCCACGUCGAGCGCGUCUCCCGCGAGAAGUCCAACGGCCAGUCCGUCCCGCUCGGCAUCGCUCCCUCGAAGGUCGUCGUUACCAAGCUCAAGCUCGACAAGGACCGUGAGAGCAUUCUUGAGAGGAUAGGCAAGGGUCGCGAGGCCGUCAAGGCCAAGACCACCAAGGCGUAA